AUGGCUCCCGACCUCGUUUGUCCUCCCCACACCGCAGGGCCCUCGGUCCGGGCGCCGGUGAGGCGGCAGGUUGUAAGAGUUUGCCUUUUGGAAAUUCUAAUGUCACUACUAUAAAUACAUUUCUGGAGUGUUAGGUUCAAGCACUUUCUCUGUUUUCCUAUGGAAAGCUGUUUCUUUCACUCUCUGUUACAGAAGAGUUGGUUACAGUUCACAUAGAGUGUUAGGCACUAUUCAUCUGAAGAGCAUUAUCUACACAGUAGAAUGCUAUGUACAACUACACAGUAGAAUGUUGUGUACAGUUACACAAAAGAAUGCUAUGUACAGUUGCACAGCAGAAUGCUAUAUACAGUUGCACAGAAGCAUGCUAUGUACAGUUACACAGAAGCAUGCUAUGUACAGUUACACAGAAGCAUGCUAUGUGCAGUUACACAGUAGAAUGCUAUGUGCAGUUACGCAGUAGUAUGCUGGGUAUAAUCACACAGAAGAAUGCUGGGUACAGUUACACAGAAGAAGGUUAUGUACAGUUACACAGAAGAAUGCUUUGUACAGUUACACAGAAGAAGGCUAUGUACAUUUAAACAGAAGAAUGUUAUGUACGGUUACACAGCAGAAUGCUAUGUACAAUUACACUGUAGAAUGUUAUGUACGGUCACACAGAAGAAUGCUAUGUACAAUUGCACAGAAGAGCGUUAUGUACAGCUAUGCAGAAGAAUGUUAUGUACAGUUACACAGAAGAAUGUUAUGUACAGUUACACAGACGCAUGUUCUGUUCAGCUACACGGAAGAGCGUUACGUGCAGUUACACAGAAGAAUGUUAUGUACAGUGACACUGAAGAGCGUUAUGUACAGUUACACUGAAAAGUGUUAACUACAGUUACACAGGAAAGUGUUAUGUGCCAUUAAUCUGAAGAAGUGUUAGGUACAUCUUCUCCGAAGAGUGAAUUGUACAAUUAAUCAGAAGAAUGGAAGGGCACCCCCGUAGGGCCUGACUUGUCUGUGCCCCAGGAUUUGUCCGGCUUUGUCUGAGCCGUACUGAUUAGCCUGCCUUGUCUGUGCCCCAUUGAUUGGCCUGCUUUGUCUGUGCCCCACUGAUUGGCCUGCUUUGUCUGUGCCCCAUUGAUCUGGCCUGCGUUGUCUGUGCCAGAAUAUCUGCAUGCCAAGCCUUGCGACUACAUACUCAUGCUUGGACAUUGCAUGCGCUGCCAAAUUUGCCUCAGUCACUAGAUGGGGUGCUGCCCCGAUGUUGCUGCCAGUGACACUUGUGCGUUAUACCCCUAGAGGUCGCCUUGCCUAGGACUGCUCCACGGUCAACCCGUGGACAGACGACUUGAAUGAGUCAGACUCUCCAAGAGGAGAGCAGGCAAGUGCGCACAAGCGCUACUGGAGAGGUGAAGGCCCUAAACCAGGCGCCCGGACAGAUUACACUGCGGAGAAGCGUCUAACCCCGAUACGAUCUGCCUAG